AACAAAAUAAAAGCCCCGUCUAAAAAUCACCAUUCUAACAUCUGGACAGCAUCGUCGUAGUAGCAGGCGUGUGUCAUUGUGUUUUUUCAUUCAUAGUUCUUGCCCCACGAAUGUAAUGUAAUGAGAUACGACGUCCAGGAGUUACUUCAUCAGUCAGCUGAAGAUCCAUUCGCCAGGUUCGCAAAUGGUAUGGCAUAUCACCCAUUUCUGCAACUGUCUCGACCCACUGACUUCAGCGUUUCCUCGCUGUUGACGGCGGGACACCAAGCGACAACGCAGGCAGUCGAUUCCAGCGGCAACAACUCCACGUUGCCCGCCGCCGUCUCGCCACCACACCGCCAUCUGUCACAGGGUCCCAUCUCGAAUCAUCAACAGCAGACGACACAUCAGCAGCUUGCCGGCAUUGGAGGUGGUCAAUCGUCGCCUGUAGGUGGCCAGCAGCCGCCCCAGCUAUCGCCCGGUCCAGAAUCCUCGAACAACAACAACGAAUCCUCCAGCUGUACGAGCCGCAAUCCUGGCCUGCUCUCCUCCAACGAUAGCACAAACAGUAGCGAGGCCACCAAUCGACCACGCAGCAAUAACAAUUUGCCGUCGGCUCUGCUAACGGCCUCACAUUCGGCAGCUGCUGCAGCGGCUGCGGCUGCCGCCGCCUCACACGCUCUACCACCGCACUCAUCUCCUCAAGCUCAAGCGCCACCUCCGUCACAUCCUCAUCACUCUCCAGUACCUGGUCACUUAGGAGCUCAUCUGCCUCAACAGCCUCCGUAUUUCCCAGCAGCUGCACUGGCUGCCCUAGCUGGUAGUCCGGCCGGUCCCCAUCCGGGUCUGUAUCCAGGACCUUUACGAUUUCCACCGCAUCAUCCUCACCACCAUCAUCAUCCUUUGGGGACAGCGUAUACGACAGCCGAAGACGUGGUUCUAGCCUCAGCGGUAGCCCAUCAAUUGCAUCCGGCCAUGCGUCCGCUGCGUGCUCUACAGCCCGAGGAGGAUGGUGUCGUCGAUGAUCCCAAAGUAACACUGGAGGGCAAAGAGCUGUGGGAGAAAUUCCAUAAACUUGGCACAGAAAUGGUCAUAACGAAAAGUGGGAGACAAAUGUUUCCCCAAAUGAAAUUUCGAGUCUCCGGACUAGAUGCCAAGGCGAAAUAUAUACUCCUGCUUGAUAUAGUGGCGGCCGACGACUAUCGCUAUAAAUUCCACAAUAGCCGUUGGAUGAUUGCCGGCAAAGCUGAUCCCGAAAUGCCCAAACGCAUGUACAUCCAUCCAGAUUCGCCCACCACCGGCGAACAGUGGAUGCAAAAAGUUGUCUCAUUUCACAAACUAAAGCUGACCAACAACAUUAGUGAUAAACAUGGAUUUGUAAGUACUACGAUACUCAACUCCAUGCACAAGUACCAACCCCGGUUUCAUUUGGUGCGAGCCAACGACAUCAUAAAACUACCAUACUCCACGUUCAGGACGUAUGUUUUCAAGGAGACGGAAUUCAUAGCUGUGACUGCAUAUCAAAAUGAAAAGAUAACCCAGUUGAAAAUCGACAACAAUCCUUUCGCCAAAGGUUUUCGCGAUACCGGCGCUGGAAAAAGGGAAAAGAAUUGUUACAGGCAAGCGUUACUCUCGAAUCGCGGGUCCGAUUCGGAUAAGCUAAACCCCACACAUGUCAGCAGUUCGAGAGCUCCUUUGCAUUUGGGCCAUACGGGCAGGCCGCCCCAUCAUUUACACUCGCACCCCUCCAUGCAUGACAAUCAACAGGAUGAUGAGGAUAAAUUAUUGGAUGUGGUGGGGCCGCCACAGAGCCCUUUGCUGCCUUUAAGUCAUUCGUUGCAGCAAAUGCAUGCCCAUCAACAUUCGGCCCUUGCAGCUUGGUUCAACCACUUGGCCGGGGCCAGCGAUCAUGGCAGCGAUGAUGCUUUGCGGCGGCGCCUACAAUCGGACGAAGUGGAACGAGAUGGCAGUGAUUCCAGUUGCUCGGAAAGUGUGGGUGGCAGUACGGGUGGUGCGUUUAGGCCCACUUCAUCGGGCAGUCCCAAGGAGGGAGCCGCUGGCCUAAAUGCUUCGGGUUCGUAUCCCUCGCCCAAUAUUUCAGUGGGUCCACCCAUACAUCCAUCGCCACACCUGUUGCCUUACCUAUAUCCACAUGGCCUGUACCCGCCACACCAUUUGGGUUUGUUGCACAAUCCCGCCGCGGCAGGCCUCAAUCCAGGUCUGCUAUUCAAUGCUCAACUUGCUUUAGCCGCUCAGCAUCCCGCCUUAUUUGGACAUUACUCAGGACACACACCAGCCUCACCGUUGCAUGGUCUUAAGGGUCAUCGAUUUUCGCCCUACACCCUGCCGGGCAGUUUAGGCUCGGCCUUUGAUGCAGUCACACCGGGCUCCAAUGCGAAUCGUUCCGGCUCCGAGUGCCCCGGCAUGAGUAGUGGCACGGGCAGUGUCGACAAUGGGCCUCGCAGCCUUAGCUCUAGUCCAAGACCUCGUGCCUCAUCGCAUUCGCCACCGACGCGGCCAAUAUCCAUGUCACCCACCACGCCGCCCUCGCUGCUGAAGCGAACCACCAACUCACCGUCAGAGCUCAAAAGUAUCGAGAACAUGGUCAAUGGGCUAGAAGUGCAACACAAUGGCAGUGCCUGCAGCACCAGUGGUGGCUCCAUGGAUGAUCUGCAUAGGAAAUCGCCAGGCCUGCAUGCGGAUCAGUGACAAUUGUAUGACCGGGACGACAACGAUCGCUCAUCUGUCAUAGAUCUCGAUGACGUGUGACAAGUUAGCUAUUCGUUGCAUUUGCAGCCCGUUAUAAAUGCCUGGCGCCAGAUCAAUGGAACUGAUAAAGCACUACAACACCAAUCACCCAUUCAUUCUCCAGCACCAGCAACAUUCUGUUGAUCACCCAAAACAAAAAAAGCGGAUAUAACUUCAAUGCUAUCGAGCAACCGAGUGAAUGAAUGAAGGCGAUGGACGACGAACACGUAUGUAAGAUGGCACCCAUGAAUGUAUCGAUGUAAGUCCCUAGCCCAAAAUACUUCCAGUGUUGUCCUUGUAGUGUGAAAUCGACAAAAAAUUACCCCAAAACACCCCUCUUUUAUAUUUUCUAACUCUAUAUAUCUCCUUUAUUCCCAAUCGAUCUCCCUCUCUCUUUAUUUGUCCCUUUCGUUUUACAAACUUCUUUCGAUUAAUUUAAACCAAAGACCGUAUCUUACUUUUAUGUUCUCCUCUCCUCCCCUUAUUGUUCAUGUUUUUUUUUUCUUAUUUUUAAAAAAACAAAUUAUCAUUAUAAGUAAUGUGUAUGUAUAUGUAUGUAGAGCUUACCACUUACAACCAAUCCAAGACCAUUCCAAGCAGACCCUAUAACUACCACCCAAAUCCCGAUUCCCAAGCUAGGACAAAUGCUCCUAGAAAGAAACUACAACAACAGCAACCUAGCUUCGUACUUUGUACAAUAUGUAAAUUUAUGCUUAAGUUCUGUCCUCAAGCAGCACUCUCUAGUAU